GACUCCCGGGGGGGUGGGGGGGGGAAGAAGCUGCGGGAACAGUUCCGAGAGCUGCGGCGGCGCUGCCGGGGGCGGCUGAGGCCACUGAGGCCCAGAGAGGAGGGAGGCGGCCCCUGGAGCCAGCUCCUUCGCCUACCCCCCCCCAGAACAUCUUCUGGCCUGCAAGAUGGCCCACCUGCUGGGGAACCAGAGCUGCAUGGAGAGCCUGAGGAAGGACAUCACGGACCUGCAAGGAGCCAUCGUGGACGUGUUCUCCCGAGCGGGGGCAGUGCGUUUCCCUUCCUGGAAGUUCCCUGACAAGGUGUCCUGUGACCUGGACUUGGUGUCUCUCUUGGAGCACUAUGACCAUGAGGAAGGGAACCCUGAGUUCACUCAGCUUUCCCACGUGGUACUCCUAGAGCUGGUGAUUGACAGGCUCCUUUUGCUUCUGCAGAGCUUUACCAGCUACACGGACAACAUUGCCAGCAACGAGCUGAUCCCCGCCGCGCGCGAGGUGGGGCCCUGCAUGUCCAUUGGGCUCACCGUGCGCAGGUACUGGACCAGCAUGUUGAGGCUGGGAGAGCUUUACCGGCAAUCACUGACUCAGAAGAAGACGAAGCAGGAAGAUUCCCCCGUCCUCUCUGACCAGAGCGAAGCAGCCAACAACCAUCACCCAGUCAUCCACGAGUCCGAGGCCUGGGAAGGGGGGGAGAGUGAGACCGACAGGGCCCUGACCCCCGACCUCCCAGCUCUGACACCCGCCCCCCCCCUACCCUGCCAGCCUCAGGAUGCCAGCCCCGCCGGGCCCCUCGUGCCCGCCGCCUCCACUGGCACCACCCGCAGCGUCCACGCCCAGACCAUCGACACAGCCUCAAUCCCCUGCGAUGCCUGUGGCAGCGUCCAGAGGAGCUUGUGGGAGGUGAGCAGAGCCAUCGUCAGCCUGUGCAUCAGCCAGAACCUGCCCUCGUCAUUGGACAAGUUUCAGCAUCUGGUGCAUGAGACCAUGGGCCAGCAGCCCAUGUCGGUCGUGGACCUGAGCUACUGGGCAGCUGAACAGAGCAAAGACCUGUCCCGGAUCGGCAAGCACCUGUCAGCCCUGAGGCAGGUGGUCAGCCCCAUCCGGAUGCAGCUGGAGGAGGCCGAGCUGCUGAAGCAGCAGCUGGAGGACCAGGGGCAUGAGCUGCAGAAGGAGUGGGCCGAGCAGCAGCAGCAGUGGCUGGACACCGAGAGGCACUGGGCUGACCAGGCACAGAGACAAGGGCAUGCGCUGGCCCAGCUGGAGGAGGAGAAUCAGGCGCUGCUCUCAGAAACAAGCCUCCUGAAGCAGACGGUGGAGACGCUGAGUGAGGAGCUGAAGCAGAAACAAAGCACCAUCCAGGACCUAGAAGCAGAGAAACAGCAGAUGCAGGAGGACAUGAGCAACAUGGUGAAAAAAAGCGAGGUGAAGCAGCUGGAGGCCCGGGUGCAGCUACUGACUGGGCGCCUGGAAAAUGCCAGUCAGCAGUUCAGCUGGGCCAGCACGGAGCUGGACAAGGAGAAGGCAAAAGUAGACAGCAUGAUCCGGCACCAGGAGAGAGCGUGCCAGCUGGCCUCCGCCCUCGGUCCCCCUCAGUCCCUGCAGGCCAAGCAGAGGGCCCUGCUCCAGCAGCUGGACAGCCUGGACCAAGAGCGGGAGGAGCUCCGGACCAGUUUGGAGGAGGCUGAGGUACAGCAAGCUAACCUCGAAAGCCAGCUGCAGGCCGCAGGUGGAGACAAGGAGCACAUGGAGGUCCAGCUGAAGGCUCAGCAGGAGCUGCUGCAGAGCCUCCAGCAGGAGAAGCAGAGCCUAGAAUGGGCCAUGGAGGAGCUGCAGGUGACCGUCUACAGGCUGGACAAGUCGAUCCUGGAGCUGAAGGAGCGGGAGCGGCUGUUGGUGGCCUUCCCUGACCUCCAUGUCCCCAGCGAGGCCCAGUUUGAGAGCUCUGGGAACGUGGCCGAGGACAUGGAGAGGCAGAUGCAGGCCAACGACAUCCGCAUCCACGUCCUGGAGGAGGACAACGCCCGGCUGCAGGCCACGCUGGCCAAGCUGAAGGAGGUGGCCCAGCAAGGCAGCCUCAAGGCCCAGAUCUGGUCUUCACCUUCUAAAGGGACCCAAACAGGGACCCUCAGCCAUUUCCGAAGACCUUCUCCAGGUGGCCUCUGUUCCUCCUCUAGUCCCCAGACUGCGUCUGCCAACCGCCGGGACCGUCCCCCUAGCAGCCAACCCAGCAGUGACAGCAGCCUCUCUGGCCGGGCCUCCCGGCCCCAGCCCGGCCGCCCCAAGGCUCCUUCUGGCCAGAGGUCCCCCUGCUCCCCCUUAACCAUUUCAGGCUCCUCAAAGGCCUCUGGCAGCACCAACAUUGCCUACAUGGAACUCCGAGGGAAGGGCAGCGGGAAGCAUAACUUGGCGGGUUCUGCACACCAGCUGAGGUAGCAGGAGAUGGCCCCAGGGACAAGAAGGUGGCCUGGCCAGCCUAGCCCACGAAUCAAUAAAGCCACCGGCCUCUUCCUUCCCACCA